GCGACUUGAAGCGGUUCGGGCUGCUGCCGCCUCGGAGUCGCGCGCGGGGCGUGGGGCGGUGCUGAGGAGCAGAUUCUGAGGUGUCAGGCUGAGGCGAGUUAGUCUCCGGGACCGUCCUGGGAGGCGCAGCGAGGCGGGAGUCCGCAGCCAGAACAACCCCAGAGCAGGAGCAGCUGCUGCCGCUGCCGCCGUCCGCGGAGCCCCGCCGAGCUGGCCAUGGCGCUGUCAAUGCCGCUGAACGGGUUGAAGGAGGAGGACAAAGAGCCCAUCAUCGAGCUUUUCGUCAAGGCUGGCAGUGAUGGUGAAAGCAUAGGAAACUGUCCCUUUUCCCAGAGGCUCUUCAUGAUUCUUUGGCUUAAAGGAGUUGUGUUUAGUGUCACAACUGUUGACCUGAAAAGGAAGCCUGCAGACCUGCAGAACUUGGCUCCAGGGACCCACCCACCAUUUAUAACGUUCAACAAUGAGGUCAAAACGGAUGUAAAUAAGAUUGAAGAAUUUCUUGAAGAAGUCUUAUGCCCUCCCAAGUACUUAAAGCUUUCACCAAAACACCCAGAAUCAAAUACUGCUGGAAUGGACAUCUUUGCCAAAUUCUCUGCAUAUAUCAAGAAUUCAAGGCCAGAGGCUAAUGAAGCAUUGGAGAGGGGUCUCUUGAAGACACUGCAGAAACUGGAUGAGUAUCUGAAUUCUCCCCUCCCUGAUGAAAUUGAUGAGAAUAGUAUGGAGGACAUUAAGUUUUCCACACGUAAAUUUCUGGAUGGCAAUGAAAUGACACUAGCUGAUUGCAACCUGCUGCCCAAACUGCACAUUGUCAAGGUGGUGGCCAAAAAAUAUCGCAACUUUGAUAUUCCAAAAGGAAUGACGGGCAUCUGGAGAUACUUAACUAAUGCUUAUAGUAGGGAUGAGUUCACCAAUACCUGCCCCAGUGAUAAGGAGGUUGAAAUAGCAUAUAGUGAUGUCGCCAAAAGACUUACCAAAUAAAACAGUACUUCCGAGAGAGAUGUCUUGACAUCUUCCCCUGACUAAGACCAUGCUUUCCCUAACAGACUGCUCCUCUUCCUAUACAGUAGAAAUUUUACUUUGCAUGAACAUGCAGUUAUUCCAGACUAGGACAAAGGAUAGAUGAGAUAUAGUAGCUAUCUUUACAUAUAUACUCCUAAGCAGUAUUAUUUUAAAAAUCUUUUACCCCGCCUACCUCCCCAACCUGGUAUCCUCCUCUCCUCUAUUUGCAGUCACUCCAUCACAAGCUCUUCACUUUAAAGGUAGUUUGCCGUCUCUCUAGAGCCCUCACCACUGUAUCCAUUCACUGUGUGUAGAUGGCAGAACUUUUGAGGUGCGUUGUUUAACUGUUAAAACAGUAACCAUGACCUCAUCAGUCAGGCCCAAACUGGUGCAUAAUGCAUGGUACAAGGAAUAUUUAUGUAUUUUUUGGAAGUUUAUAAUAUUUAGUAAGAGUAUAUGAAGGGGUUGCUACUGUAUCAAAAUACUGCUUCAAUUCGGUCUAUCCUGGAUGUGUACUAAAGGACGCUACCACCAGAGGAGACAGCCUUCCACAGAAAGUCACUACAGAUUUUGCUAUUUUACUUUGUACAUGGAUUUUUUACUUUUGCCUAAAAACAUUUAUAUUUCAUACCAAUUAGAACACCUGACACUAUGUAGAAGCUAAAAGUUUAGAGAGAGGAAUAUUUUCAAGAUCUUCCUCAAGCAUUUUAGCCAUAUAAAGAAACCAAUGGGCACCUGACACUCUCUGUCUAAAUAUAUUGUUGGUUAUAUGUAUUUUGCCCAGUGCCAUUCAUUUGGAACAUUAUUGCUUUUUUCCUUUAUUUUAAAAAACUCCUUUUUUAGGUAAGCAUAGGUCUUGCUGUUUGUAGAUCUUUUGAGCAACACUACAUAAAUUGAUAAUUAGUUGAUUUAGCUAUAGCAGUACAGUGAUUAGUAAUGUAAAAAUUAACCUAAGGAAUGUAGCGUGGGUUUGUGAAAAUAUCAAGUAGAAUGUUGUUUCUAAAGUGUAUUUAAUGUGGAUAAUCCAAAGAAUGAAUUAUCCAUCCUACAUUAAAAAUGAGAAAAAAGACACAGAUUACCAUUCCACUUCCACUGACUGUUAAGACUUUGGGUAGAGGAUGGUUCACUUCUUUUGGACUAAAUUAUAGUUGUUAAGGUGACUACAUAUUUACUGCAGUUUUGCCUAAUCUCAAUCACUGCACUUCCUUCAAUUAAAUUUUUCUGCAGCUACAUUGAGGAAUAGCACUCUGCAUGUUUGUUUUGUUUCUUAAAUUGAAGUCCUAAAGCAGGAAUUAUUUGUGUUGUAACAAGGGAGGAUGAACUUGGUAAAAAUAAAACAAAGUUUGCUAUGUAUUUAUUCAUUAAAAAAAAACAAAACAACACCCAGCAACUUUUUAAGUACUACUCCAAAGACUGGUUGUGACUAUAAUAAUGUUUUUGUAAUUUUUUAUACCUAACUUGUUUACGAAAUGCUAUUUCUCAUAGGCUGUUUUUGGAAAUUUUAAGUAUAUUGCUUUAAAAUGGCAAUAUUUUCUUCCUCUUGAUAUGCUAACAUUUACUAAGCACUGACUUUAUGGAAGCAGUCUGAUUUUUAAAAGCAUUCUGCAUUUUGAAGCCCAUCACUAAUUAGCUUGGUAUAGAAAGAUAGGGAAAGCUCCAUAUUGUAUCCAUUUGGCUCAGGGAGAUUUCUUUGUCUUACUUUUCUUAGAACUCCUUCCUGCUGAUCAAAAGUUUGAGUGCCCACCUUUUUGUAAUUAAAUAUUGGAUGAUUUUAUCUGGUUCAAAGAACAAGCACUGUUGGGUUAUCUAUUGAAAAAUUCUAUGACAGCAGCUUCUGUGGGUGAAAAUGUCACACCUGCGCCAGUACAUGGCCAGCCAUCUUCACUUCCCACUGACUUGUAAAUCAGUGGUGACUUGGCAUUCAGGUGAUGAUACUGAAUCUUGCCUCAUAGCUUAAAGUAUGAAAAAGAUUCAAGAGAAGGGAGGUGGGUAUCUGUUCUUACAAGUGAAUGGCAGACUUAAGUGGUGCAGAGGAGAAGGCUAAUGGGGAAAGAGCUGCAUUCCUCAAAACAGAGAGAAGAAAGAUACAUUCUGAAACUCAAUUCUGAAGUCUUUUUACUCUGGAUAUUGAUUUUUCUUUUCUUAAAAUUUAUCUUGUGAUUACACUUGGCUGCCUCUCUGGAUGUCUGAGGAAGGCUGUCCUUCUGUUAUAAUUUUGAUGAAGGCAGGAUUAUUUUUCUCUGUAGAAAGGCAGAUCUUAUUACUUUAUCAGGGAGGUUUAGUCAAAUGGGAUGAGAUUGGCAAAUGGACAAAAGCUAGUAAAAAGAUGAUCCUAGAAUGUGCUUUCUAACGUAUCUUGCAUUUGUGGACAGAGGAUAGCUUAAAACCUUGGGAGAUUUGGGACAUGAACGUUUUCAUAGCAGUUCAUGUAAUGUAUGGGUUAACAUAAUAGAAGUCAUCUGAUACUAUUUCUGCAACUACUAAGUUAUUUCCCCCUUCAUUUAAACCCCUCUUGUUCCCCUUAAACAAGGAGAUUAGAGUCUGACUGGAAGAUCUUACUAAUUUCCAAGGGAUUCUGAUAAUUUUUUGUGUUCAGCAGUUGGAAAGUGCUCUACUAUUUUGGUUGAUAUAACUUCCAUUUUUUAAAAUGUAGAUGCAGAUUUUCUAUACAAUUCUAUUAUUUUCUUUUACCAGGAUUGUUGACUUCUGUGAUAAAAUUCAUGUAAGACUUUAUUUCUUGGUAUCUUUGGCUUAUACAGCUUAUCCCUGAGCAAUCUGUAUACAAUGAAGAGGUUUCUGACAUUUAUUCUUACACUAAGUUGUUUGACUCUAGAAUUUAGGAAUAUUUACUUCUGUUGAGUUUUGACUCUCUCCAGAGUUGCAUGUAGAUAGCUUUUAUUGCUGUGCAUUAAAAAUACCCACUUAGAAAGUAUCUACAAGGUAAAAAUGAGAAGAAAUAGAAAUGUAUUUUUUCAGGAACAUUUUGAUACACAUUUCAUCAAGUUUAUUGAUUAACCAAUUUCUUACACUGGUUAUAAUCAGCAUUUGAUUCAAAGAGAGGGACUCAUUCAUUAUUGAUUUACUGUAUGUUCUUUUUUAUUCCAUCCUUUUCAAAUUACCAAGGUUGGGGCUGUCAAAAUUAUAUUUUUGUCAUGGAAAAACACUUCAACCCCCCCCAAAUCAUAAUGUUGAACACAAUUGGAGUAUUUUCUUUAGAAUUACUUGAAAAGACAAAUGAAAGCUUAUUAUAGAAAGCUUGUAUUUUCUUUUCUCUUUCUGGAACCAGUAUAUUGCUGGCAGCUAUUGUAUUAAAAAAAUAAAGUAUAUUUUCACUAUCAUAAAA